AUUCCCUAUGGUUACCCCUGCAGUUUCUCCCUCAACGCCGCCAGCCGGAUCCUCCUCCUCCAAGGCCCUCCGAUCUCCGACCCGACCCACUUCACUGUCCGCCUCAAACUCUUCGGCUUCUGCCGCUACACCGUCCUCGACCCGCCCAACCCUUCCCGACCCGACAUCAACUACCCCCUCCCCUGUCUCCAGCACCACAUCCCCGUCACCCACCUCCUCCGACCCGACACGGCCCGCCGCGCCAUUCGGGCCCUUCUCCAGGCCCAUUGGCCCUGCAUUUCGCGCGGCGGCUGCAAGUUCCUGGCGGACAAGUUUCUCGCUGGGGCCCGAGAAGCCGUCUCGCACGUGGGCCCGGCGGAGGCCCGGGCCCACAGCGGGCUCGAGGUGGAAUUCAACGUGGCGGCAGACUACUAUAGGUGUUCCGCGCACGAUUAUGACGAUGUAUACGAUGAUCUAUAUGAUGAUGUCAUUGACCGGUCGAUGGAGGGAGUUCGUAUGGUCCCGACUGACAAGACGUGUAUACGAGACGUGAUGGUUGUGGGGAAGAGGGCGUGGGACCAUGGCUCGACUGGCGGCUCGUGCGUGAUUUGCAUGGACGAGUUCGAGAAGGGAUGUGAAGUGGUCGGAAUGCCGUGCGGGCACGAUUUUCACGAGGGGUGUGUCGACAAGUGGCUUCGGACGAGCCAUUAUUGUCCCGUGUGCCGUUACGAGUUGCCGACGAGCUAUCCCUUCAUUAGAAAAAAGAAAAAAAAGAGCAAUAAAAAUUUACGCCAAUGGCUCAUAAUCCCUCCGAUUACCCCUGCACUUUCUCCGUCAACACCGCCCGCCGGAUCCUCCUCCUCCAAGGCCCUCCGAUCUCCGACCCGACCCACUUCACUGUCCGCCUCAUACUCUCCGGCGUCUUCCGCUACACCGUCCUCGACCCGCCCAGCCCUUCCCGAAUCCCGACCCGACAUCAACUACCCCCUCCCCUGGCUCCAGCACCACAUCCCGCUCACCGGCCUCCUCCGACCCGGCCCAUCCCGCCGCGCCAUUCGGGCCCUUCUCCAGGCCCGCUGGCCCUGCCUUCCACACGUGGGCUGCAAGUUCCUGGCGAACACGCUCCUUGCAGGGGCCCGAGAAGCCGUCUCGCACGUGGGCCCGACAGAAGCCCGGGCCCACGGCGGGCUCGAGGUGGAAUUCCACGUGGAUGCGGAAUACUAUAGGUGUGCCGCGCACGAUUAUGACGAUGUAUACGAUGAUCUAUAUGAUGAUGUCAUUGACCAGUCGAUGGAGGGGGUUCGUACGGUCCCGACUGAUGAGACGUGUAUACGAGACGCGAUGGUUGUGGGGAAAAGGGCGUGGGACGAUGGCUCGAUUGGCGGCUCGUGUGUGAUUUGCAUGGACGAGUUCGAGAAGGGAUGUGACGUGGUCGGAAUGCCGUGCGGGCAUGAUUUUCACGAGGAUUGUGUCGACAAGUGGCUUCGGACGAGCCAUUAUUGUCCCGUGUGCCGUUAUGAGUUGCCGACGAGCUAG